AUGUGCAAACAGUUGUUUUUAUUCGUCAAGAGAAAGAUUGCUGGCGCCAAUCUCAAAGGUACCCAAAAAAUUCAAACGAAAACACUCACUCCUUCCUAUCUUUUCGACUUAGCAGCCGUUUCGAAGGCCAUGACUGUCUGCGUCUCUCCCUUUUCACACUAUUUCGGGAAGACCGGUCGGAUGACGAUUUGUGUCUCUUUUCUGUAUUCUGUCUCUGUCUCUAAUCACUUAAAUGGGAAAAGAAGGAAACGAAAAUGGGCGCGGUUUUCUCUGUUUUCAUAGAAUAGAAAUUGUCGCAUUGUUCUUUCAGACAGACACACUGAAGAACGGUUCUGGGUCUCGAAGCGACGAAUUGAAGUGGAAAUGGAAUGGCGAGGCUAGUACGGACGGAGCCAGCACACUCGUCCCAUUCAAACCAUAAUUAUAGGGACGAGCGAAUGAGAAACGAAUGGGCUCCGCGAGCACUUUGAGAGGACGGUUUAUGGGCAAUGAACAGCUCGUUUUGGAAGGGUUUCAUUCGAAAAACCAAUUGUCUCUCUUUUUGCUCAAAUUCCCUUAAAAACCCUAUCAAAAAAUAACGAACUGUUCAUUUUCACGUGAAUCGACAAUCUUUCGUUGCUCCAUUUUGGUCAGACCUUCGAUAAGUUAUUAUUGUUCCACGUAUUCUUACUUCUCUUCCUGAACGACAAAUUUUGUUCUCAAGUAGGCCAAAUAAUGCUCUGAAGCAAUUCAAAUGCAAUUACUUCCAGCCGUUGCACGCCAUGAAGCCGUCUGGAGCAUUGCUCUCAGUUUUUGCUGCACUGAUCAUUUGGACGAGCGGUAAGUAUCAUAGAUGGAAAGUGUACAUUCAAACUUGGUUUUCAGAUUUUGGCACUGGGCCUUUUGUUGUUGCCGCUACAACCCAAUCCCCGAAAUCUAAGAAUAGUGAGAACAACUUACGAGGUUUUCCCGUCUGAACUCUAUCUUUUCAGCAUCCAAGUCCCCACGUACCAAGAGUAAUCCGUUGCUCCACUUCUCUCAAAAUCUCACAUCUCUGACGCACCUGACCAACAAAAUCGCGGUCGAUUCGCUCAUGCAACGGAUGCAACUCAACGCGGACACCAUCAUCAGAGAGAUCCGGAGACUGAAGGCCGAUGCGGACCUCUCUCCCAUCAUUUCGGUCGAUUGGACGACUGUUAAAAGGCAAUUUAUGGCGUUUGUUAAGAAAUUAAAAGGAGUGGUUCGGCUUGACGAUGUUGGAGCGUCAGUGAAGACGUUGAGAGAGCUGAUACUUGAAAGCUCUCUCCUAAGUUCCAUUAAUCACGCCCUUGCUUACAAUGAUACCGACUUGGACCAUCAUUUGUCGCCCUAUUCAAAUGGGAUAAAUAUGGUCAAUAAUGGGAUUACUGCUUUUGAUGAACUCAGCUCCCCUCAUCAAAAUGCAACGAAUCUUACUCACCAUUGUUCGAAUUUCAAACAAUUGGUUACAAAACUCGAUGAAUACAAAAAAGACACGGGCGCAAGAGACGCAAGGAACGCAAUUACGAGCGUUUCGAACUUAUUCGGCAACUUGACUGAGGCAUUGAAAAAGCACAGCAGUGGAAACAAUGACGUCGCAAAAACGUUACUCGGGCUUGUUGAGUUAGUGAUUUCUUUCAAACCUGACAUGAAUAUCAACAAUCUAAUAACACUUCUGGAAGAACCUGCUCAGUCAAAAGAGCGCAUGAUGUUCACGCUGGUAUUUGAGGACGAUCUGUUGGGACCGGUGCACAAAAGGAUGGAGCAGUGGCUCACUCCUUUGUUGGCGGACGAGAGUCGUCAACAGAUGAUUUAUCUUGCAAGAGUGUUCAAGAGCACUUCCUUUCGCAUUAAGAAGACAAACGGGAGUUGGAACGGACUGAGAGAUCUCAAAACCGUGAAAAUCUUUGGCGAAAUGAACACGAAUGUCGCUGAGUUUCGCGCAAAUGCUCAUCUUUGGAAGAAUUUGGAAACAAUGAGAGAAUGUUUGGGAGGAUGGAAAGCGAGCAUUGAUGAGAACCCCGUAGAAGAGACCCUAAACAAUUAUGUAGCAGCAGUUAGUGAAGUUGUAAACCAGGAAAUCUUGAUAUCUGAAAUAUGUAUGGCAGCGUAUGAUAAUUUCAAACCGAUUUCUGAUUUGUGCGACAAGCCUAUUGACGAUCAGAAGCCAAUGUUAAAAUUUUAUUCUAUAAGAAAUGAACUCACAAAAAUAGAUAACAAUGGCACGAAAAAUAAUUUAACCUCUCUUCAAACAGCUCUAACGGAUUAUAAUGCUAACUUGGCAACGAUGAAGGAACUAUUAGUUACCGUUAAGGAAUCUUUGACUGCUUUCGUUAAUAGCCUCAAAUCAUUGGAUAUAAAAAAGGAUUUCGAAUGUAUUGGAAAGAUCAAUUUCGACGUAAUCGAGGAGCACUCGGAAUUCGGAACAGUAUUCGACCACCUGCGAGAGAAUGCAAUUGAAGAGGGCUUCACAAAGUUCACUGAAAAUUUGAAUGUGUUCAAGUAUGAAAGAGAACGAAUGAUGACCCAUGUGGAAAACAUAUGCAAUACAAUGGUCGAUUUCUGGCAACUCGACACUCCGAUAAAGACCACGUGGCAGCUGUAUUACGGUAUGAAGAUGAUGCGUCGGAUCGCGAAAAUCAUCAGAAAUGGACGGAAAGAGAAGAAAGAAUCGGAAGACGCCAAGAGAUUCUGGAGUGAUCUGAUGAAGGUGGAAGAGGCGAUGAUACGGGUCGAAUACUCAGCGAACGUCCGUUCCCUUCUCGAGCCAUUCCUCGCAGCGGCGAACAUCAGAAGACCGAAAGACGAUAGCACUUUGGGAGCGGGAGGCAUUCAGUGGGAGCACCUGUUCUCGGAUGUGGACGGAAUGAAGGAUGCUACCGAGAAACUGGGCAGGAUGUUCGAUCGGAUCAACCGGGUCAAGGAGGAGGAGCAGGAGCCGUUGAGCGAGAAGAAGAAGAAGCCGUUGAGAGAGAAGAAGAAGAUUAUCAUCCGGAAGUGAGUCUGCAUUUUCAGAUCCUUCCCCUUCCAAUGCAUUUUUUCAGAAAGCGACUGCCGACUCUGAAAGAAGAGCUUCUGUUCAUGUUUCCCAGCUUCUUGGCCGCCCUCUUCCUCAUCAUUUACGUCUGUAAACUUGCAUGUUGUUGAAAUACAGGUGACCGAAUCUUGUAGUACAAUGAAUUUGAGUUUUUCAAUUUUCAGAUCAGCCUUCAACCUUCAGAGCGAACUGUUUUCAUUUUCCAUUAUGUCUUGUUUGUUCACAAACUCUGUUUUGUAUCAAUAAAGCCAGAAAUUGAGGGCACAACCUGAUAACCGCCUCAAAAAAGGUCUCGCAUCGCAUUUGCCUGCUCCGCGAUCAUAUCAGCCAUCGGGGCUCCGGGCGCCAGAAUGCUCUGCUCAGUGGGGGGCGGCACCGGCCUGGUACUGCCCUCGGGGGCACUACUCGGCUGCAAAAAAGAAGAGGCAGAAAGAAGAGAGGGCAGGCGAGGCGAAGAGGCGGAGAGAGCCGAGAGAAGGGUGCGCGCACUUUUUGUGCGUGGCCGCGGCCGCGUCGCCCCCAGGCAGUGCCAGCCUUUUUUCUCUCUGUCCUCUGUGGGGGUCACUCGUUUUUUCAUGGGGGCUGAUGUCCGCGCCCGGUACCGCCGCCGCCGCCGCGCCCGCCGACCGCUGAUAUCAACGCGGAGAGAGAGAGUGCAGGGGGAAGAGUGUCUGCACUCUUCCGUCCGGCUCCCUCUCUCUCUCUCGCCUCCCCUUCUUUUUCCACGAUGAAACGUUUUUUUAACGUGGGUUUCCCCACGGAUUCACCCCCUGUCUACUACCGUUUCGGCUUCUUAUCUCGUUAUCAUAUCACUCUUUCUUCUUCUUCUUCUUCUUCUUCUUUGCCUUCUUCUUCUUCGUUUACCGUUUUCCCCCUAUCUAACCACUUUUUUUGUAUAGACCACGGCCCCAGCCCCCGGGACCUGUCAUCGUUGAAAAACUCGACGACCCUAACCUGGUUUCUGGUGCCCUCUUCGACACGACGCCUCCUUCCUCGGACGGCCCAGACGCGAAUGUUACACGGAGAAGGUGUGUGCGUGGAUGAUCCUCUCAGCCACGUCGCACCCGUUCGUCUCGGAGCUAGAAUUGUAUCAGGUACGUUUUUUGUUGAAGUGGACCCAUUUUGUGGUGCUUUUGUUGUUGUGGAAAUGUGAAAGGGGAAAGGGUUCUAGGUUCUAGUCCGCUUGGCGGGUUACGGUAGUUUCGGUUUCCAGAUUUCGGAUACUAGGUUAGGCUGCUGAUUUUGCAAAGUCAUUAAACUAGGAUCUGGUGGUUUCCUAGUCCCACUUAGGAUGUAGAAAGUACCUACCGUAACCCAGUUGGUCAGAACUUUGCAGUUUCGAAGUGUGCCGAUGUAUGUUUGAGACUUUUAGGGCGUGUAGACCCUAUUGCCACGUCAUACUAUUUCACUAACUUUCCAUGAAUUCUUUUCAAACUUAUACCUUUCCCAAGGCUUCCCCAGUUUAUGACGUGGCAAAAGCAUUCAAAGAGCAUACGGUAACCCUGAGAACUGACUCAUUAUGUCAUCAUGGACCUCAUCAUCCGCCUGACCUCCUGUCUUUCUUUCUCUCUUCCAUUCCAAUUCCAUUCGGUUUUUUCUCGAACCCAUCAUCCGUCCCGUCUGGCCAUCGGUCCCCCGUCCAUUCGUUCCGAUGUCAGUAUGUUCGACCUUCUUCCCUUUUCCAUCAUUUCCAUUUUUUCAAUCUCUCUGCGUCUCACCGCCGUUCCACACUCUUUCGUUCUUCGCGUUCUUCGCGUUCUUCGACGCCAUGUGCAGACAAUUUCAUGGUUUUUAGGGGGGUUGAGCGUGCGAGACGGCGGACGCGCGCACUCAAAUCCCCCGCUGACUAAAAGGACGGACGUUCGGCGGGGAUGGACAGCUGAAACGGACGGGUCGGUCUGAAGAAGGAUCUGGAAGAAAAAUGGGAGGGGUGGAGGAGAUGGUAAGAAAGAGAAAGAAGAAGAAGACGAACAGAGCGCAUUUACUUUGAAAUGCGAAAGAUCCAGAAUGUUUCUUUCAUUUCUCUCACCUCUUUUUACUUCCUGCUCCCUCUGCCCGUUUCGUUUUCCCGUGCUCAAUCCGUUCCUCUGCGCUCCCUUUCCAUCUAGACGAAUGCAAAAAACAAAAAGGUCAACAGUUCGCCCUUCUCUCCUCUGUUUUUGUGUGUAUACACACACACACAGUGUCUGCAUAGUAUACCCGAACGUUUCAUAACGAACCGAACGAUUCGACGGCCGCCGCGCCGCACUCUUUUUCCGUCUUCUCUCUCUCUCUCUCAUUUCUGUCCACUUUUCCUCCAAUUCUCACCUCCCGGUUCGAUGAAUGAUGAAGAAGAAGAAGAAGAAGAAGAAGCAAGAAGAAACGUUUUUGUAGCGAACGAUUCUCUGUCCGUCUCUCUCUCUCUCUCUCUCGCCUCCUGCUCGCUUGUCGAUCGUCGUUUCGGCGCCGCCGGAGUUUUUUUGACCUAUAGUUAGAUGUCGAGCAGUCUCCGGGUUUCGCACGCUCUCUCGCUCCGCACACGGGGUUUUUUGGGACGAGGAUCGGGGCGGCGGGGGCCAGAAAACGAGGCGCGGACACUCUUUUCUUCUUUCCACCCCCCGAUUCCGCCUUCUUCUUCUCCUCUUCUAGAACUUUUUCUAAUGAUAUCUUCUUUGUAGAAUGGGGGGUAGGGGUACAGUUAAUGAUAGGCUGACUGGCUGCCAUUCCCAUUCAUCAUGCCACUUUUAUGUGGUGGAGUGAACUGUGAUGUGAGUGAACUAGUCCGGAAUUACGGUAGAGAUUUGAGGAAGAGACGGAAGCUAAUGAAUAAUACGUGGCAAACUUUCAGUUCAUCUCAUUUUCUUUCUACUUCUUCUUCCUUUACUAUUUCUCUCUCAACCAGAAGACUCUCAAUUCAAUCGCUUCAUUUCAGGAUACUGAGGCUAUCCGAUAGCCGCUACCCAGCGCCCGUCGCCCUGGACUGGGAGCGUACCUCGACUUGUGUGCCUUCUGAAGGCAUCACGACGAUGUCGUCGUCGUCGUCCUCUUCCAACAUCAAUCCACCGUCAACGGCGACGUCGUCGACAGCGACAACAUCUAAACCAGCAAGUGAGAUCAUGAUGGGUCCUCUUGAUCCUUAUCCACCCAUUCAGCCCAUCCUCUGGAGACCAUUUUUAACACUUCAACGUCAUCUUCCACAAUAUCCAAUGCAUCUUCAUCGGCGUCCACGUCUUCCGCCUCUUCGGGGGCUGCUCUCGGAGGUGGCGGUGCCACGUCAUCCACGGCUUCUCCAUCUUUAUCGUCUCUACGUCAAUCCACAACUUCUGAUCGAUCAAUGUAAGCAAGCGAAGGGAAGAGGGGGAGGUCUUCAUCGAUUACCCAAUUGGUUUUCACUGAUUGAUAAGAGAACAAAAAAUGGGGGGAAAUGAGUAUCUCUCUGCCCGUUUUUGCAGUCAUUUUCUUCGGUUCAGAUCUCCCAAACCGAUGCCAACGCCGACGACGCUUUCGGAAUGGCAGUUGUUGGCCGUUUUGAGCAAGGCGAAUCUCGUUCAGUACUAUGAUGUAUUCAUUGCACAAGGUGAGCACAUUUAAUGGGGCCGGGUCUAGCAACUCUUUGGUUUGCAGGAGGCGACGACAUCAACCAGAUAAUGGCGUGCGAGGAGCGGGAGUUUCUGGAGAUUAUGAACCUCGUCGGCAUGCUUUCCAAGCCCCUCCACGUCCGUCGAAUGCAAAGAGCGCUCACCGAGUACAGCCAGGACCGGACGGCUUUCAAUCUGACGGCUCUCCAGCAGAUCGGUCCUCCGCCGCCACUCAAUUACACCCCGCCGGGCACCGAUCCGAUGGCCCUCUUGCUGCCUGGAAUUGCCGCCGCCGCCACGUCGCCAAACUUCCCGAGCCUUCGAUUUCUGAGCCAAUUGUCGUCGGUGACCACCGGCAGCGCCACGUCAUCGUCUGCGGAGAAGACGCCGUCCGACGUGGCCGACACGUCGUCAGCGUCGCCGUCGCUGAACUUGAACACGUCGUCGAAUUCGGUACCGUUGGGUUAGUCUUCGUCGCCGGGCAUAUGGUAGCACGCAUGUUCGUGUCGUGUCGCGCACCCUGUAUGAUUGUGAACGUCACCGUCUUCUUCUUCUUAUCAUUCUCUGACCGACCACCUAAUCGCUGCUGAUUCUACAUCACUUUGAGUUCUUUUCGCAAUCAUUUCUUAUUGCACUCGCACUUUGGUGCUCAUCUGAUAUAAUUGUCCUAAUCCAGAUGAGCUACCGUCUCCCCCAGUUCUCAUUCUCAUUCCCUUCUCAUUUCAGCGUUCAAGUUCGCCGCUCCUCUACUCGAGCAUCUGGCCGCAGCUGAUCAACCCCAGCCGCGCCUGCUCCCCUCCACCGUCGUCGCUGGCCCCGCCCCUUCCGUCUCUGAGCCAACUUCUGCAGGAGCCUCCACAGUUCCCUCCUCCCGAGCCACCGCCAACGUGUUUCCCGGAAACAGCAUUGGCCUCAAUUUUGGUGCAUCAGGCGUUGCUCGCCACCUCCUCCCACCUUCAGCAGCAGCAGCAGCCGGUCCCUCCGCUCCUUCUGCAUCCACAUCAGCAGCAUCUUCACCAUUUCCAGCAUCACUUGGCGUCGCAGGCCGAUCGUCCGUCGGUGCCGCCCAAGAAAAAGAGGGGUCGUCCUCUCCUUUUCUAGUCAAUCCGCUAUCCAAUUCAACUGUUCCGCCGUACGGCAAUGAUUUCGUUUCUUUGGGAGACUUUGAUCCAAGUAAGACUUUAACACAUUGGAGACGUUGUUACCGUAAUCUUUUUCAGAUAACCCCUCUCCGUCUGAGAAUCCCGUUCUCUCUUCCGCGCAGGUCGCCCGUCUGGCCGAGUGCGCGCUCGCCGCUUCCAAGAAUCUACCUCCACUUCCGCCCCGAUUGAUUCAGAACAAAAAGCGUGUUUCCAAGUGAGCUCUCAAGAUCCUAAUCCCAUCCUUUUUCUGUUUUCAGAGAAGUAGUCGAACUGCUCAAAAGCACUCCGGGCAAUCCUUCGAUGAUCCACGUGUUCCGCAAGUAUUCCGCCAUCUACGGUCGUUUCGAUACGAAACGAAAGCCGCACAAAGUGCUCACUCUGCACGAGACAACCGUAAACGAGGCUGCCGCGCAGGUCUGUCUGCUGGUCCCUUCCCUGCUCACACGAAGGGACGAGCUCUUUCCAUUGGCUCGGCAGAUUGUGAAAGAUGCCGGAUAUCACUACGCGAAGAGCCGGAAACGGCCUUGCGAUCCGGCCGAUCUACACAGUCCGAUCAGCUCGCCGAGCAACUCGCCGCCGCCUCCGGAAUCCGAGUUCGACGAGCAGCCUUCGAGUUCGUCGAAUCAAGAAGAGAAGGUAAGAGGAGGAGAAAAGCGCCUGAAAGUUGAAAAAUUAGGCGGACUAUUCCAGGCGAUGCCGCCGGAAGCGUGGGCGAAUCUGAUCGAUAAGAUGAAGGACGAGAUUCCAGAAUCCUGA